UAGACCUCUGACAGUGGCGCCGCCGAACAGUGCAUUGUUUCCAAGUGAAAGUGAUUGUUUAUCAUAUUCCAUUUAACUUAUGAGUGGCAGUGACACGGAUCUUGGUGAUAGUCGUGAUAGUCUAUAUACUCGACUUAAUCAACGGCCGGUUCGAGAACGUAAAGUGCCUGUGCGUUAUCCUGACAGUGAAAGUGCAGUGAUUAAAUCUGAAAACAUGGCGAGUAGUGCUCCAGCAUCGGAAACUUCGCCCGUCCCUACAUCUACCGCUGCAGCGUCUGCAACGAUGUCAUCGGAGACGGCAAUUCCUCGAGCUUCAAUUCAGUAUGUUCCAUCACCAGCAGAAUUGCCCAAUUUUAGGGGCAAUGUUUUAGCAGGUGAGCCGCCAUGUCAGCCAGGUACUGCAGAAGGAGACGUCCGACAAUGGUUGGAUAUGUUGCAAAUUCAUUUUGCUGCAACGGGGUUGACAGAUGAUCUUGGGAAAAUAAUGCAGUUAGUAUCCCACACACAUAAGAAACUUGGUGAUGCCCGCAGUAUGCUUUCGAAGUACAUGCAAGAUGACUUCAAAGACAUCACUUAUGAAGAGGUCGUAAAUGAUCUGCUUCUGACUUACGGCUCCGUGACGACGACUUCAUUCGUCGACGCAUCACGCGAAUCACGUAACGUCAUUCUCUCUGCUAAACCUGGCAAAGUGAAUACUGUUAUGAAUAUAAAUGCUCUUCGUGAAGCCUCAAAUAAAGUUGCGACAACCUUCGUUGAUCGCCCUUGCUACAAUGUAAAGCAGGAAACCAGACCUAUCGUCGAUAUCAUCAAGGAAGUAAUCUUCGCUACUGCCGCCAGCUCAGUUUUCACUAAACGCGUGAUGACAGACACGCUACUCAAGAGGAAGGAAGGUCAACGGAUCGCCGAUGCGUAUUCACAAUUGACGCACCACAUACUAGCGUCCGAUAAAGACUCCUAUCAUAAGCAGAGCGCCAACGUAAACAGGAUUACUCACGAGAGUAAACCUGCAGCAGCAUCAGCGGCGGCAGAUUUCACGCCAGCCGCAAUUAGUUCAGCCUCAGCUCCAAUGCAUGGCCAACAGUAUAAACGUGGAAAGAACAACCGUGGUCGGCAUGGAAACCGUGGUCAUCGGGGAGGAUCUAACAAUCAACCCAGCAAUACGACGACCAACAACAGAGGCGGCUACACAAAUUCCCGUGGUGGACAACCCCAUGGAGCAGGAUAUCAUCAGGACGGCUACUCGAGUCAGCGAAAUCAAGCUGAGUAUUAUGCUAACAGAUACAAAACUGUACAUUGUACUAAUUUUAAUUCUGCAGGAUAUAAUAUUAAGGAGUGUAUUAACGAAAGCCCCCCCCCAUCAAUGACGCGAGGCACGGGAGGUAAUUAUUUAUCCCUCCCACAGGUCUCACCUCCAUACAUUUAAAGGCCACUCUUGUAAUUUCUCUGCUAAAGUAGAUGCCAAGCGCAGGUACAGCAAUUUAUGUGCUAAUUGUAAAUUAGUUCGUAAGCAUUGUACUUGUAAAAUGUUUGUGCAAUCACGUUCUGGGACUAAUUUUUUCAGUUCGAAUAUAAACAUGUGUGCUAGGGAACAGUCGCGAAGUUCCAUGGAUCAUUUGCAGUUGUCCAAAUUGAAUGAGCUAGACCCUGAAAAAAACCUGACGAGGUCUGUAGAUAAUCGGCCCCUGACUGAUUCUAUUAAUGAAUGUCAAAGAGAAAAUCCUGUAAGGUUAGCGAAAGCCAACUCAAAUCCUGAAAAUGCUGCGCUCAGUAAUAAAUUACUUGAUGCAAAUAAUGUCUCAACUGCUGUAGACGAUAGUCAAUGGGAACAAUGUUCCCUGUCGAUCAUAAAACGUAAACCGUCGACAAUAAAAUUGUUCGACGACGACGGCGAUCUAGUAAAUGUGCGCGUCCCGAUAAUCAAACUUAUUGUUAAUGAUCGUGAAAUAAGAGGUUUCCUCGACACUGGGUCCACAGCGACCUUAAUUAAACAGAGCGCUCUAAAAGACGCUGCUCUAAUAACUCCGACAAGCAUAACCGCAGUUUCCGCUACAGGUGACGCGCUCAAAAUUAGAGGCGAAACUGAUAUAGCAGUAAAAAUGCCAAAUGGUAAAAAUAUCAGCCUAAAAGCACUUGUCGUUGAGGAUGGGACAAGUUUACCAUGUAAAAUCCUUAUAGGUACGGACCUAUUGGUAAAAUCAAAAGCCAUAAUCGAUUUCCGUACAAACGAAGUCACGUUCACAAGCGACACAAACGCGCAAAAGCUAAAAGCACGCGCGACGGCAAAUCAAGGCCGGCCACAGCAUGCGGCGUCCUCGAGCUCGCUUGACAGCCAUACCAACAACAUUGCUAACAGCGCUCACUGCACGCACACAGUACCCCGGUACUUGCAUGCUGAUGG